AUGCAAUCUGGACAAAUUAUUUUUAACAGAUCAUCGGAAGAUCAUGAUGAUGUUUGGGACGACACUGAAUUAAUACAAGCAUACGAUCGUGCAUCAAAAUAUGUACAGAACAAGUUAAAACAAGAUACUCCAAGAAAAGUAAACAAACGAGUAAAAGAUAGUCAAAAUAAACGAUGUCGAGUAAAUGAAGAGAAAAAACAGACUAAUCAACAAGAACAACAGCAAAACGAUAUUCUUCCACCAUCACCUAUUCAUCCCUUACCAUUUUGUGAUCUCAAAGUACCCAAAAAUGAAAAUGAUGCAUUAAACUCAAUGUUAAUGUCUUGGUAUAUGGCUGGAUAUCAUGCUGGUUUAUUAGCAGCAUCUAAACAAAAUGAGUUGAAAUCUGAUUCAUUAAAAACAAUUCAACUCUUUGAUGUCAAAAUUCAUUUUAAAACACUAUUUAUUUGUGUUUUAGAUUUUUUUUAUGCUAUGGGUAAAAAGUGUAAACAACAACGACGUGAAAUUCGUGCAGCUGAAUCCAAAGCAUAUGCUGAACAAGAACGUUUAUUAAAACAAGAACUCGUCGAAGAAAAUGAAGAAAAAGAAAAGGAAAUUGAACGCAAUAAACAACUGAUCAAUGAGACACAAGCAAAAUCAAAUGAACCAUCCAUAGAUCCAGAAAUUAAUGAAAAUUCAAUAUCUAGACAGAAUACUGAAAAGAAAGAAAUUUCUCUUGAUAAACUAAAUGAUACAUUGUCAGAUACCGAUUCCGGCCAUGGUAGUGUCAGUACAUCCACCUGUUCACUAACACCUCUGAAUACGUCCCCCAAAAUAAAUAAACAGGAAAAACACCAAUCACUACUUCUAUCAACAACAAUAGCUAGCACCAAAUUCGACCAAAUGUCUCAUGUUAAAGGAUUAGUAAAUAUUGGAAACACAUGUUUUUUUAACGUUGUUAUUCAAGCUCUUGCUCAUACUCCUUUAUUUGUAAACGAAUUACGCAAUUUUGCCAACGAAUGGAAAUCUGACAUAGUAAUGCUCGAUACAUAUCCAACAAGUAUGACAGCGCAACUUGUUCAAUUAUUCGAUGAAUUUUCAUCAGACUCAAAAAAAACAAUUAAUCCAAAGCAGUUGUUUAAUAAUCUAAUGCAAAAAAUUCCUGUUUAUAAAGGGUAUCAUCAACAUGAUAGUCAUGAACUGUUUAUGAAUUUGAUGUUAUUACUUAAAACAGAAGAAACUCAGUUAAGAAAACGUCAAUCAUUUUCAAACUUAUUCCAUAACAAGUCAGAAGAUACACUAAAAAUGUUUUGUUUGAUUGGAUGUAGUGGUCCUUAUGUAACAAUUGAUUCCUUGUUUGGUGGUCAUCUACUCGAUGUAAUCACCUGUAAAAAGUGUGAAAAGAUGUAUGAAAUUCCAAGAAAAAAAAGACAACAUCAAUAUGAAACACGAAAUAAUAACAAAGAAAAACCAUUAUCAAAAAAACAACAGAAAGAACUAGCAAAAAGGCAAAAAAAGAAUGCAAGAAAAACGACACAAGUACUAAAAGUAAAAAGUCGAAAACCUCUCCAAGCUCAACUACCGGAGACAAAAACAAAUUUAGACCAAAUGACAAAAAGUGAUAGCGUUGAAGAUUCGGGCAAUGAUGAAACAGGUGAAACAACUACAAACGAUGAAAAUGUGGAUACAGCAAAAAACGACAAAAUUGAAACAGCUGAUGACGAAAUAGAAACGAAAAGUGAUAUACAAGAAGACAACGAUCAAGAAGAAAAAGAGAUAGAAGAAGAAGAUAGUGAAAUAUUAGAAAAACCAGAAUCAUCUUCGAUAACUGAUGAUAAAACUUGUGUGCUAGAAUCACACGACGAAACAUUUGAGUUAGUUGACAUGAUAUCAAAUUUAACAUUAAUUAGUUUUAAACAAGAAUCAUCACCAAGUAAACCGUUACCAUUUGUAAAUGAUACGGAUGCACAACGAUUUCUUUUAUGUGGAAAUGCCCGCGAACAAGAAACAACGGAAAAAAAUACGGAUGAAAUCGAUUCAUUAGAACGUUGUUUUCAACGUCAUCUCGAAAAAGAAAAGUUAUCGAAAGAUAAUUUAUUCGAUUGUUAUCAUUGUCGAUCAUUGACCAAAGAUCAAUCAAAAGUAUUAACUGAAGCUGUUCGUCAAAGUGCAUUUCUUCAAUUACCACCAAUUUUACCCAUAUUUCUCAAACGAUUUCAAUUUUAUGACUCAUAUAGUGAUAAAAUUCAAACACAUAUUCGUUUCGAUAUUCAACUUGAUUUAACGCAUUAUUGCUCAUCACUAGCACUUUCUGUGUAUUGUCGACCUAUCUAUCGAUUGUAUGCUGUUAUUGAACAUUCUGGAUCAUUAAAAAAUGGACAUUAUAUUGUCUAUAUUAAACAUCAACAACAUACUCUAAAUAAAUUACAUCAAUAUCGAUCGAAACCAAUCGAAAAGUUAAUUGAACAAUUACAAACACAUAAUGAUAAUUGUGUAGAAGAAAAAGAGCAAUUGGAAAAAAUUUCUGAUCAAUCGUGUUUUUGGUAUCAUCUAAGUGAUUCAUCUAUACAUAAAGUACCUGAAAGUAAAGUAUUAGAAGCACAAGCAUACGUUUUAUUUUAUCAGAGGAUCUAG